GCACAUCGCAGCAAAAUGUCCAAAGGAGCAACGACCAGCUGGAUCCUGUUUCAAAUGUGCUGACGAGGGGCACACUUACAAAAACUGCCCUUAUAUUGUGAAGACCAGAGUUGGAGCCGUGAACCGGGAUGCCCUACAUGAUGACACCAAGGAGCUGACUCAGAGUUUGGAUGCUGUUCAGAUGUCCGAUUAGUUUCAUACGAAAGUCUGUUCUGCCUGAAGAAAUUAACGUUCAAGAAUCAUUAACGUAUUCAAGAUUUAAAGGAUUAGGAAACAUUAAACUCUUUACGUACGAUGAAGUAACUCCUAUACCUUUACUUAUUGGUCGUGAUCUCCUUGAAAUCUUUAAUAUAAAACUUAACAUGAACUGUAAUAAAGUUAAUAUAACUUCUGAGCAGUGUCAAAAUGAAAUUUGUUCGAAUAAAGUUUUUCUUUCUAACCAAUUGUAUAUGUGCACUUAUUCUGAUGAAAAAACCGAACCUUCAGAGUGUAGUCAUUAUAAGAACAACAUAAAUGAUGUUUUUGGGAGCAGCGUAUUAGCCGGUGAAUUAAAGAUACAACCUAAAGAACUUAGUGAUUGCUUCAAAGACAAGUUGAAUACAUUUGAUCAUGAUCGGAUUAAGCUUAAAGACGAUCUUGAUGUGAAGAGAGAAUACAAUAAUGUUGAGGUAGAUAUUUAG